ACUCCUUUAAAACAGAGUGGAAAGACACCACCCUCCCACACCACCGGAGGAAACUUAAACCACCACAGGUCACUCCCCUUCACUCCAGCUCCGCACUCCAGGACAUCGGCACUGCAGCCCAGCACGCUCCUUCUUCCACAGGUGCCAGCACCGGCCCCAGCCCACACGAGCUCUCAGUGUCGGUGACACCACCCAGAAGAGAGUCCCAAGAUGUUGGUGCUACUGGCUGGUAUCUUUGUGGUUCACAUCGCCACUGUCAUCAUGCUCUUUGUCUCCACCAUUGCCAACGUUUGGAUGGUGAGUUCUUCCAACGUUGGAACGAUCUCAACAGGACUCUGGCUGCUUUGCAACAGGACCUGCACUCAGCUGCCAGUUAGCAGUCAAGAUGAGGCUUCCCUCAAAGCCGUGCAAGCCUUUAUGAUCCUCUCGAUCAUUUUCUCCGUUGUGGGGCUCGUCCUGUUCAUUAUCCAGCUGUUCACCCUGGAAAAAGGCAAACGUUUCUACAUGACCGGAGCCGUCAUGCUGGUUUGCUGGAUGUGCAUCCUUAUUGCAGUCUCCAUUUACACAGCUCGGCUCCCAGGCACGAUGGUGUACUACACAAAUCCUCACCAUGGCUACUGCUUCAUAUUAGCCUGGAUCUGCUUUUGCUUCAGUUUCAUCAUUGGCAUCCUCUACCUUGUUCUUAGAAAAAAAUAAGGCUGAUGGGUGUCCAGGGGAGAGGGUUGGCUACUGGGAGUGGGGAAGAAUUACUCUGCUGAGAGAACUGUUGGGCCAAUAGACAAAAGCAGCCACCAUCACCACCACUGCCACCACAGAAAAAUCAAUAACAAAGCUAGAAUCCUCAGAAACUCCUUCGCCAAAGAGAGGGAGAAACAGCUCCUACUGAUCUAGCACUUCUGGGGCUAGAAAUCUGCAAGUGACCCAAAACAGCUCUUCUCCUUUUCUGCAAAGUUGUGCCAUACCUUCACAAAGCUUCAAGCUCAGCAGGGAUGACUAAAGGGCACCACAAAAACAAGGGCUGUAUCUUUUUCCCUUCCUAGAGCCCUUCUCACUUACGUUUGAGUGUGCCUUGUGGGUUGGGCAAUGAGGAUUAUGACCCCUUUAUUUCUCCACUGAUACAAUGGGAUGGGCCUUUUGUUACAUUUUUAAA